AUGCAUAGUUCCGGCAAUGCAUUGAACGAUGAAGAUAAAAAAGCUAUCCUUCAGAAACAUGGGUUAGAUAGAGAUUUGUUGUCCCCUGCAUUACUGGGAGAAACAUUGGGUAUGUUUCCUCUGUUGUGUAAACUAUACUCUAAAGAGGAGAAAUUUAGUAACAAUGUUGAAAGGUUCUUUACCUGUCCAGCUGAAUGUAUUUUAGAACAAUUUAAUGAAAUGCAAAGGCAAAAUAGUUUAUGCUAUGCCACAUUGGUCUUGUGCAUGUUGAAUGAUAAUAAACUAUCAAAAGAAACAUUGAAAAACACAGGGAACAACGUUUUCCGGGAAAUGAAAUCAAAAGUACUAGAAAGCUGUGAAGUUGAAAGUUACACUGAUACAUUUAAAUUUGUUAAAGCAUUGGAAGCUAUGGAGGGGACACACACAAAAGUCUUUGGUACUGAGUUUACCAUUAUUCAUGACUCAGUAUUUGAAAACCUUGCAUAUCAUUUUGGUUCUCAGUUUCCAGAUCUUGUUUUGCAAUAUAUUAGCAGUAGUUACAUUGCUAAUAACGUGAAAGUACAAGAAUGUAAGAAAGAGUUAGAGGUUGAAUGUAAACAAGAUGAGAAUGAAGAAUUUAUUGGUGAGGAGCAUGAAACAUUAAGUACUGAAAGAAGCCAGAAUUUGUAUGAUCUCAGUCUUAGGUUGAGAGAGGAUCAGUGCCCAAUGUUAGCAGAGCGUUUGUACAGAGAUAUUGAAAAUAUGGAGCUGUAUGAUGUUUUUAUGAAUGAUGUUUUGAAACACCCCCGUGUUUGUCAGGCUUUUAUUGAGGUGUUAAAGACAAAGUCCUACAAAGAGUUAAAGUCUUUAUUUCUGUCAGUACAGAAAGACGUGUCUAAGGUAGUAAGUAAAGGAGCUGAUUGGUGGUGGAGCUUGGAGUGGCGCAGACGGAAUGUGCUACUGAAUGUGAGAGUUACAACAGCAGCAUGUAAGGGUGGACAUAUGAGUAAAGUGAAGGAGCUAAUAGAAGCUGGAGCUGCUAUCAAUCAACGAGGUGAGUAUGAUACACCACUGAUAGCUGCAUGUAAGGGUGGACAUAUGAGUGUAGUGAAGGAGCUACUAAAAGCCGGAGCUAAUAUCAAUCAACGAGGUGAGUAUGAUACACCAAUGACAGCAACAUGUGGGUGUGGGAAUGUGAGUAUUGUAAAGGAGCUACUAGAAAAGGGGGCAGAUAUUAAUCAACAGGGUGGGUAUGAUACACCACUGACAGCAGCAUGUCCUAUAGAAGCUGGAGCUGUUAUCGGCCAUCAAGAAAACUUUAAUACACCACUGACAGCAGCAUGUGAGGGUGGACAUAUUAGUGUUGUGAAAGAGCUGAUAGAAGCAGGAGCUGAUAUCAAUCAACAAGGUACGAAUGGUACACCAUUGAUAGCAGCAUGUAAGGGUGGGCAUUUUAUUGUAGUGAAGAAGCUUAUCGAAGAAGGAGUUGAUAUUAAUCUGCAAGGUGAGUUUUAUACACAACUGACAGCAGCAUAUGAGGGUAGGCAUAUUAGUGUAGUGAAAGAGCUGAUAGAAGCAGGAUCUGAUAUCAAUCAGCAGGGUGAGAAUGAUACACCUCUGAUAGCUGCAUGUGAGGGUGGGCAUAUUAAUGUAGUGAAAGAGCUGAUAGAAGCAGGAGCUGAUAUCAAUCAACAAGGUAAAAAUGAUACACCAUUGAUAGCAGCAUGUAAGGGUGGGCAUAUUAGUGUAGUUAAGAAGCUUAUAGAAGAAGGAGCUGAUAUCAAUCAGCAAGGUGUGUUUGAUACACCACUGACAGCAGCAUGUGAUGGUGGCCAUAUAAAAGUAGUGAAAGAGCUGAUAGAAGCAGGAUCUGAUAUCAAUCAGCAGGGUGAGAAUGAUACACCUCUGAUAGCUGCAUGUGAGGGUGGGCAUAUGAGUGUAGUGAAAGAGCUGAUAGAAGCAGGAGCUGAUAUCAAUCAACAAGAUUAUAUUGAUACAUCAUUGAUAGUAGCAUGUAAAAUUGGAGAUGUGAGUGUAGUGAAGGUGCUCAUUGAAGUCGGAGCGAAUAUCAAUCAGCAAUAUUUUUGUAAUACACCACUGACAGCAGCAUGUCAGGGUGGACAUAUUAGUGUAUUGAAGGAGCUUAUAGAAGCCGGAGCUGAUAUCAAUCAGGACGCAGCAUGUAGGAGAGGGCAUAUAAUCGUAGUGAAUGAGCUGAUAGAAGCCGGAGCUGAUAUCAAUGCACAAGGUGAGGAUGAUUCACCACUGAUAGCAGCGUGUGAGGGUGGAUAUAUGAGUGUAGUGAAGGUGCUUAUAGAAGCUGGAGCAGAUGUCAAUCAACAAGGUGAGUUUGAUACACCACUGACAGUAGCAUGUGGAGGUGGACAUAUGAGUGUAGUGAAGGUGCUUAUAGAAGCCGGAGCUGAUGUCAAUCAACAAGAAGCCGGAGCUGAUGUCAAUCAACAAGGAGUAAUUAAUAAACCACUGACAGCAGCAUAUGAAGGUGGACAUAAAAGUGUAAUGAAGGAGCUACUUAACGCAGGUGCUGAUACCAAUCAAAAAG